CAUGGUCUAUCUUAUCAUGUCCUUGAACUUUAAAAUAGAAAUACGCAGUACAGCAGUUAGGUCGACACCCGACUGUACCAUUAAUGCCCACAGGUUCCCAAAAAGUGUUCACACGUUGUUUUUGUUUUGUUAAAUGCCAUCCAGGUAUGCUGUGAUCUGAGGAUAAACCCUAACUAUAUAUGACAAUAAAAUUAUAAAAGCUUUAAUAGGAACUACUGUACGAACAUUUUUAGAUGCUUAAAUGACACGACAGAAGGUAAAGCGCGUUUUGGUGGAAGGUCUUCAUGCAUUAGGGACCAUCUCAUCAGCCAGACCAAACAAUAACACACAUACACACCUACCUUUGAGCAGCGAGCUACUUGUUGCGGCUUGCCUUUUGGUCGAUUUCCUUAACAUUAAUUAUGAUAAGCAUGCAUGUCGCAUAGAUUUAUUUACGUUGAAUCAUUGUGGAAUAUUAUUUGACAAACUCCACAUUAUCGAAACUGGUAUCUUUUUUGUGGAGUUGAGCCUCUAGACAUUGCAAAAUACAUCACAAUUGCAUGAGGCAAAAAGCGAUUCGGAGCCCAUCGACGAUCGUUGCAUGUCUAACCAAAACUGGUCAAUGGGCCUAAGCCAGACAAGGGCUCAAACAGAAGUAAAUAAUAUGUCUGAUUCCUCUGGUGUCAGUUAUGUUUAUACGCCUGGUAGACGGCGUACUAGAGCCUCUUCUAUCAAUCGAACUGCUAAAAAGGUCGUUAGGUCAACUCGUGUCUCAAUGGGUUCGGUAGUGAAGAAAACGACUCCAAUCAGAGCAAGAAGAAAAUCUGAAACAGAGGUAACUUUUAAGAAGCGUGCUUGUGAUGAUUCUAAUUACAUGACACUUUGUUCGGAAAUGAUUCGGCACAGCAAAAGAACAAUUAGAAAUAUGGCAAGAUCAGGCAAUGAAGAACUGCCAGAAAUGGAGGAAAGAAACAUGAUUAAAAAGAUUGCUACACUUACAGAGGAAUUGCAUAAGAAUGAAGAGGAAUUGCAUAAGAAUGAAGAGGAGAUUUGUAGUCUUUAUGAUUGUUUACAAAAAACAGAGGAGGAUUCAGAAAAGGCGAAAAUGGAGAUGACUGAAAAAAUUCAAGCUCAGAACGAGGAAAUUGAGAACCUUCAUAGAGAGAUGUGUAAGAGCAGAGGGCUAUCUGUGAGGUUGAGACGUGGCAGUUUCAGUUUGUGCGAAACCUAUAUUGCAAGCUCAUCCCAAAUACCACAGUGUUUUAUUUCAAAUGGUCAGGAAUUGGAACCGUUACAAACAACAAAGAGUUUAUCUCGCGGUAAAGGAAGCUUUGCAAGUUGUGUUCCGUUUAUCUACCGAGGCACUCAGGUUUGUGUGAAGUCGUUCUUUACAGGAAGGGUAGGCACCACCCCCGAGGAAGCCGAGGAGAAUAUGCUUCAUGAGGCCUCAAUUUUGCUGAAAUUAAAAGACAACGCUGGUAUACCAAAACUUUUACUUGUUAUCAUGGAAUCCGCAAAUAAGCAGAUAUCUUCUACUAGUCUUGUACUAAGUUACCAUGGCAUGGAUGGACAAUCCACAACUCUACAACGUAUUCUAGAUAAUCCUAGAGUUUAUGAACUAUCUGAAGAUAUUUGGUUUAACAUUGCAAAUGCUAUGUGUGAUGUCUUAGAAUCAAUUCACGACAGUGGUAUAAUCCAUGCGGAUCUGAAAUCUGAGAAUGUUAUCGUAGAUAACAAUUACCAACCUGUCAUUGUUGACUAUGGUCGAUCUUGCUUGGACUCAAGUCCUAGAUAUGAACCAACAAUUUUAGACCCCCAAAAGUAUGACUGGAUCGCACCAGAGGUAUGUCUCCGUGCAAGUCCACACUCGUACGAAAGUGAUAUAUACUCACUGGGUACACUUUUUUUGGAUAUCAUCAAUCAAGGACGCGUAAACUCUAAUAAACUCUCUACUGCGGCACACUUGUGUCACCAUCGUGCUGAAUUUCGUCCCAAGAUUGUAAAAGUGAAAAGUAUUAUAAAUAAGAAUACCAAAUCCCGUCUCAUGUGUCAAUUAAGAAGAUGUCGCCUUUCAACAAUAUAAAUCAAAGGUUUAUUUGUCUUACAGGGAAUUUAAAAAUGCAAGUUGAUUAAGUUUCCCUCUAAAUAGGCUCAUUUGUGUUUGUUUACUUUUUUGCAUGAAAUGCAUUUCCAUUGGUUCCAUAAUUAAACUGAUCAAAUCAGAAUGUUUCUCUGGUGCUGAAUAAAACCAUCUCAGCUAGAAAGUAUUAUGAUUCUCUUUUUUACAAUAUUCAGAAAUGUUAAUCAUUAGGUUCAUAGAGCUGCCUAACAUUACUAUAGUACCUUUAUAUUAAUCAUUUGUGGAGCAGAUGGUGUAGGAUUUCUGAUUCAGAUUUCCUGUAUAAAGCAUUAUUUUUUUAUUCUAAGCAUUAUCAUCAUUCAUGUUGCAUAUUGCUUAAAACCUGUGGUUUAAAGAUAAAUAUGACUAAGUAUUAUAUGAUGGUUUUAAUAUGUUUAGUUUUUGGUAUAUGCAGGAAGGAAGUCUAUGUUAAUAAUUUCAUGGUCUAAGCUUCAGGCCUACAUGUUUUUGUAUGUCCUGUAUGUUAAGCCAGGCACUCACUGCAUCGUACAACCCUUUGACAAAUCCAGGUGAGUGCUAGAUGACGCGAGGCCGUCUACUGAUAGUUGGUGGCGGUCUUAAUGGAUUGUCAUUAAAAAUUACAGUAUCCAUUGCGAGCAUGUAGUUGCGUUCUUUAAAAAGUCGCGUCGGCCGACAACCGUCUGGGGCAGUGAAUGUAGCGUGUUUGCAUACAAACUAUGGCACAUUCUUAUACCAUUGCUUUGCUACCAUGGCUAUAGUAGGAUAGUAACGUAAAAAAGACAAAUAAACUAACGAGGCUACCAUCUACCUAAAUUUAUAUACUAAAUAUAAACAAGGAUGUUUUAUUUGUACAUAUGGUUUGAGUAAGGUGAAGUACUUAGAGUUCAGUGUCAGUGUUUGUAAUUAAUAUGACUAAGCUCACCUUACCAAAGCACCCCACAGCAUGUUAUAUAUUGAUAUGUUGGCCACCUUGUACCAUACUACAGGAUUCGAUUCUUUAACAGGCAUAUAAACAAUUGUUUUAUAAGGGGCUAUUUAUAGUCUGAGAUCUAGGACUCAAAAGGCAUUAGCCAACCUGGUUUCCUGCCAACUACCCACCUGAUUUUUUUUUCAAUAGCUUUAAUACCAAUUUAAUCAUUCCAUCUAUCUGAUAUUAGUGUAUCUUCUUGAAGAUGAUUUUUGUUCAUGAUGUUGUAUGUAUUAAUAUGCAUUACUUGUGUUGUGCAAGUUCUUGGGUGUGGCAAAUUGUAAAGUGAUAAGUAAAGAGAGGCUUUAUCCAUUUUGAUACAGUACAUGAAUGUAAGGAUGUGUUUUUCGUGUCAAAAUAAUCCUUCAUACUGUACCUUUUCAGUCUUUUAAUACAGUAACUAUUUUAUUAUUGGAUGUGCAGUAUAGUAUCCAGAUGUUACCUUUUGUGUGCAUAGUGUUAUAUAAAAGUAAAAAUUUUAAAUUUUAAGUAUUUUCUUAAUUGUGAAUACUUUUAUAUGUAGCUUGUAUGCAAUCUGAUGAAUAUAGUCUUAUAUGUUACAGAAAUGUACAUUGGUGAGACAGCCAUAUCUGAUGAUAAUACACUGUGCUACAGUUUUGUAAUUCAAAGAUUAAUUUUCUAUAAUUUUUUUCUUUAAGGCGAGACUUUUUUAUACCAUGAUUCACAAAAUUUUUUUUUUUAAGAUCGUCAGAGGCGGGCAGAAAGAAAAAAUGGAAUUAAAUUGUAUUUUCUUAUUUAGCAAAUAGUUUUGUCAAAAACAUCCAGACCAGUGGCGUCUCACUCAGUCGCUGACAGGGGGGUGGAGCGCCAGGGCCUCCAGCACGAGGGGCCCCGACACUCUAGUUUAAAAAAUAUAAUAUAAACUGCAAUACCAUUGUUUUAUUCAGUGGGGCCCCGACAAUUUAAACUGUCAGGAAAAACUUGGUCUGGGACCAAAAUCGGUUCGCCAGACCAAUUUUGGCUUUAAAAUUACCUGUCAAAUGUAGUCCACAUAGCGGUCCGCCGUCUAUUUAGUAAGUUUACAGUAACUUGUAUUUUUAUAACUUUGUUAUUUACUUUCAAAACAAAAUUUAAUGACAAGAAAGAUCGACGUUUCGGGUCCAUCGUGGAACCAUUCUCAAGAUCAAGUAAAUUGAAAAAACUAAAAACAAAAAUACCAGUGACAGGAAGUAAUUAAUUUACAUAUCAAUAGGGCCAACUGUGUGGAGCCAUAGUGGAGCUAAGCUGAUGUAUAAUUUAGUCCUUCUUAGCAGCUUAACUAAACAGUUUGGCUUUGACUGAAUCAGUUUGUUAAGUGUAGGUUUCAGUUCUUUGAUCCAAAGCAUUUCUUUAAUUAAGCAAUCAAACUUGGAUUUGCACUUAGAUAAAACCUUGAAAUAAUUAUUUACUUUCAAUCAAAUGAUAGGGCUCUGUAAUCUAUGUUGGGUUUUUUCCAUAAAAUUGUCUGAAAUACACUUCAUAUACAGUAACAGAUCUUAUUUUUGAAGAUUUCAAGGCAGUUGCAGGCGUAAUAAAAAUUUAAAAUUUUUCUUCUGAAAUUUCCAUUUGUUGUGGCGGCGGGUGCAUUAAUUGGACAAAAAUAAAAUUUCAUUUUUAUUCGAAAUUAUCAUUAUUGGCGGACGGCGGGUUUGCUAAAAGGUACAAAAAAAAUCUGGCCUAAUCAAAGAUUAUGCAUUGUUCAAUUUUUGUUUCAAAUUGAAAUGUAGUGUAGUUGGAGUUUUUGAUAUUUUGCAAUGUUUUAUACAGUAAAGUUUAAAACAGUAAAAUGAUUCACUGGGAUGAUUUGAGGCAAGUUACUAUAAGUUUUUAUAUUAUACAGAAAGUUGUUUAUUUUUCGUUUUUGUAUUACAAAGGUUUAAAUGACUAGGCCUAGUAAUUGCAUGAUUUGUAAAUGGGGAAAUGUAAUUCUUCAUGUUGAUAACUGGUGCUUUAUUAUGAAUAUUCAUAUUUGAUAAUAAAUAUUCAUACUUGAUAAUGAAUAUUCAUAUUUGAUUACAAAUAUUCAUUGAUGUAGGUAUGCAUAUUCAUAUUUGUUACUCCAUAAACUGUGUUAUCAAGUUAUUUUAGCUCUCUUAGUAGAAAUGUGGUUUGAAUUUUAGAAGUUUUUAACUUCAGCACCUUGAUUUUUACUUAUACCAUACUCUAAUACAGUAUGUCAGUAAAUAAACGAAAGAAAGUUUUAGUACUGUAAUUUUGUGGAUAUUCUAGUUUAUUUUCUAUCACUAAAAUGAUGUUAUAUGUUCCAAUCAGUUAUCAAUGUUUUUCCCCAACUUACAGAAAUAUUAAUAAUAUUGUACUAGACAUAAAAGGUGCUUGGUGUAUUGUUAUAUUGUAUUGCAUAUUACAAGGAAUAAAUAUUGCUUUAAAUACAGUA